CUUGAUGAAUGUAAAAUGUUAAUCAAUUCCAAAAAUUGGCCUUGGACACCGGUAUCGAAGGAAUAAGGAUCUCAAGGAUACAGAAAUACUGUGGUGGAUACCACACUAUUUAGAAUACCUCCAGUCAAACGUGCAAUAUGUCCAAAGAACCUGUCUGCGGUGGUGUAACUGAAGAGGCGGAGAUUCAUAAAGAGGAACAUGAAGAGCGUAUCAAUGCGGCACUUGCCACAACAGGCGAUCACGCUGGUCGAUCGUACAAACUACACCGUGUGACAAAGCAAGUUGUGGCUGGAAUUAAUUAUGUGUAUUACAUUUCUUUCGAAAAUGACGAAUCUGGGCAGCAGUAUAAGGUAACCGUGUGGGAACGACCCUGGCUGAAGGAAAAGGAUCCGGCAGAGGCGCGUAAAGUUACUUUCGAAACGCAUUCGGAGUGAAUAUUGAAAUCUCUUUUGAAACUAGGGAAUUACGAUACUGAAGGAAAUUAUGUUUAUAAGAUGUGAUGUAUUAUUGGCUUGUUAAAUUCAAAAACUGACAAUAACUCGCCUUAGAAAGUCUUGGAAUACUAAUUAAUUAAGAUGCAAAAAAUGUUCUUAAAUUGAAUUGAAUAAAAUGAUUUACCUUCGAGAGACAA